AUGGAUAGGAACCUACUUCAAAUGAGGCUCAAAUUAAUGCCUAUCAUUGAUGCUUUUGUAACUUGUAGUGAUGCCGCUGCAUCUCCUACAACAACAUCAACAAAUCCACCAACAUUAAUACAACCUAGUCAAAAUGGGGCUAGCAAUAUGCGAAAGCAUAUAAACACACAAUGCUUGCAUUACCUUUAUAGACACAAGGAUAAUCACAUACAAAAGCUCACUUUUGAUCCAUCUAAGGGAAAUGCUCUUGUUUCUAGGAAUUUAAACAAGGAUGAUUGCCUAGAUGCUUGUGUUAGGAUGAUUGUUCGAGAUGAGCUACCUUUUAGCUUUGUGGAGAGUGAAAGGUUUAAGGAAUUUUGUAGUUUUGCUUGCCCACAAUUUCAUCCACCUUCUCGUAGAACUCUUGGAAGAAGAUUUCUAGAAAUGUACAUGAAAAUGAAGGAGAAGUUGAAAGUUGAUCUUCGUUCACAUAGGAUACCUUAUAACCAAUACUUGGACAUCAGUUCAAAAUGUGAAUUACGUGGUGUUGACUGCCCACUUUGUUGA